AAUGAGUUGGAGUCUUGUUGUUGAAGACAGUAAAAUUCCUUGUUUUGGACAAAGCUUCUGCUAUAGGGAGCUCUGUAUGCUGUAAUUAAGGUGGAAACAAACUGAGAUCAUACAGAUUAUUCACAAAAUUCUUACAGCUCACAUCCUGGAUUUUUAGCCUAGUUUCCGGUAUUAUAAGAGCGUUGAAGCGCGUCGCGGUGGCUAUAAUUGCUGUCGAUGACCACACAAGAAAGUGCGUAGUCUCACAAACAAGACCCUCACGCUUGCGAGACUAGAAAGUACAUCCUUGUCAACAGAAGAGAAAGAGAGAGAGAGCAGAGUGUACUUUCUUUUGUAAACAGUGCAGAAUAAGAAUAUUAACAGCUAUGAGGAUUGCUGAAGGAUUUGCAAGAAAGGUGUCACUGGCAUUUAUUGGAAUCUCAUUCAUUGGUUGGAUUGUGUUUACUGCUGGUUUUGGACUAUACAGAAAAUGGUUGGAAGAUUUUGAUUUGGAGGAAUCUUACCUUUACGCCUACUGGGCUGGCAGUGUGAUUGGUCCAUUUGUACAUAUCCUGGCCAUUGCUCAUGUGUUGCUGUGGGGACUGCCCAGCUCUGUUGUUGGAAGUAUUACAGCCGUGCUCUCUAUCAUGUACCUGUCAGCUGUGGGUUAUGGCAUGGUGUUUGGCGGAAUAUACAUCGAUAGCACAUCUGAUGUCGAUGUUCCUGAUGAAUUAGAUGAUGUGGAUAACGGUCUCAAGCUCAUGUUUGCCGGAGGGCUUAUAACUACUCUAUUCUGGGUAUGCGCGAUGUCGAAUUGGAUGCUGGAUAUCUUGCUGCUGUCGGUGGCUCUGUGGGCAGGGACCGGCCAUGGAUACGAGUGGGAUGAUCAUGGCUACGUUCUCUAUUGUCCUUGCAUGGGACGUUUUGGAAAUCAAGCAGCUCACUUCCUUGGAGUUCUCCGAUUUGCCAAAGAGCUGAAUCGGACUCUUGCAGUGCCUCCAUGGAGAUCAUACGCACGUAAGGCCAAUGUUCCAUUUGGUGAGUGGUUUGACAUUGAGGCAGUUCAGAGGUACCACAAGUCUCUCCCGCUGGAAGAGUUCAUGGUCCAGCUAGCUCCUCGGCACUGGCCGCAGGGAGAGAGAGUCGGAUACUGCUACAGGGCUCGUGACCGAGGUGUUAAUGACUGUCUAAUGAAGGAGGGAAACCCGUUUGGUCCGUUCUGGGAUGAACUUGGGGUGAGCUUUGACAUGUCAGAGUUCACCGGUCUUGGUCACGAUGUCUACAAUGAACGGACUCGAGAUCUAUGGAAUAAAAAGUUUCCCCCAGCCCAGCACCCAGUCCUCACCUUCAAAGGAGCCCCGGCAUCUUUCCCUGUCCAGACGUUCAACAGAGACCUCCAGAGAUACGUGGUGUGGAACAGUCACAUCAGGGAGUGGACAGAGGACUACGUUCAGAGAGAGAUGUCUGGGGAACCGUACAUUGCAGUCCACCUCCGGAUCGGAUCUGACUGGGAGAAGGCAUGUGAGCGUGUUGUGGGCAUGCAGUCAUUCAUGGAGUCAGACCAGUGUCUGGAGGAUAUCACAGGUGCCACCAUCACCCAGGAGAUGUGCCUCCAGACUCUCCUACAUCAAGAAGAAACUGGGACCUAGUAUGAAUGUGCACUAUCUGAACCCAUCAGAUGCACCCCUGGACCUAGCAGUUAUGGGCAGGCGCAGACUACUCAUUGGCACUGUGUCUCGUCAUUCACAGCCUUUGUAAAGAGAGAGAGAGACAUCCACCAUCAUCCGACAGAGUUCUUUGGAUUUGAAGACGCAGUCCUUCCUAAGAACAACCGGGAAAGAACCGAGCUAUAGAGUCCCCAUCAUCCUAUAUAUAUAUA